AUGUACAACGAUGGAAUUGCAUCAGAUCGUUUUCAAGCGGUUCAGUAUGUAAGAAGUCAUCCGAAUGCAACGAUUCCAGGCUAUUUUUCGUCGUAUAACUUAGGAAUAAAGUUUGUUAAUGCAGCAUCCAAUGCAAGUGCGAAUGCCGGUAGUGGUACAGUUGGUAACUUGGUUUUAGCUCUUAAUUUAGCUCGUCUAUUUGUGACAACUUCGUUAAACUAUGCUCAAUUUCCAUAUCGUGUUCGAUUCUGUUGGUGGGGUGCAGAAGAAGUCGGUCUUCUCGGUUCUAUCUAUCAUGUUGAACAAGCAUCGUUGCCUAGUGCUACUACCGAAAGCGGGCGUCUACAAGAUUAUUUAGUAUAUUUCAAUUAUGAUAUGUUAGCUUCUCCCAAUAGUAAUUUUGGUAUUCUUGACAGUUUAUCCGUUCCACCCGGAACACCCAACAAGACUCUACCCGGUACUGACCGCAUUACGAAUUUGUUUCAGCAAUGGUUUAAUGAACAGAAACUUCCGUGGACCAAAUCGGGGAUUGGAGGUGGUAGAGAUUUUGUACCAUUUUUGACUGAAGGCAUAGCUUCUGGCGGCGUAAAUACAGGCGCUGGUGGGUUCAAGUCAGCAACUGAGCGAGAUCAAUAUACAGCACUGUUAGAAACAGGAAAUAGUGGAUUAGCCAAUGUUGCAUAUGAUUCAUGUUAUCAUCAACAAUGUGAUCGGAUAAAUAAUGUAAACCCAUUUGCGUAUGAAAAAGUUGUUAAAGCAGCUGAUUAUGCUAUUGAGUAUAUGGGAAGAUUGAGAGAUUUGGAAAAAUGA